GUACAGAGUUUGCUUGAACUGGCCGAGUCCAUCCUCAAAUUGGCGGAACGUUGCCGCGGCCUCGAGACAGAAGAGGAAAAGGUGCUUCCCUUCUACACCUCCACCUUGACACCAGAAGAGGAGAAAGCGAUUUUCGAGUCAAUAGAAGCCGAUGGUAACACUGAUAUAAUCAAGGCAAGAGAUUUUAGUGUGGCCUUCUCGCACACCUUUUGGUCUCAUUUCAAACGUUAUCUCCCCACACGGUAA